CCCAAACCCAGGACUCCAAGCCCAAGCCCAGGACAUCGUGUGCAUUAGUCUCCCUGCUCCCCCUCCCCUGACUGGCCUCUGCUCUGUCCCUAGCUCCUGGACACCUGGGAGGCCUUUGUGUACCAGCAGCAGGAGGCCUCGGACUUCCUUGUCUCCCGGCACAUGAGUAUCGUUGCUGAACUUGUAGGCUCCCUGCAGAGAGCCAGCCAGGAGCUGCAAGAGCUGCUGACCACGGCCACUACAGGGCGUUUCCUGGACCCUUCCCAGAGCCCGCGGGCAAUGGAGCAAGAGCUGCACGAGCUGCACCACCGCUACCAGGCCAUGGCCAGCCGGGUGGCUGAGCUGUGCCGCUCCCAGAAGAUCCUCACAGGGGAGGGCACAGAUGUGUCCUUCGUGGCCAGCGGCCGGGCGCUCAUUGAAGCCCAUGAGCAAGUCUGGAGGCUGCUCCGCACCAUCUCUGAGCAGAUCACUGAAUGGAAAUGCCUCGCUUUCAGCAAGGUAAUGGCUGACUGGCACCUGCCCCCAGCUGUUCCAGCCCUGGGCUCCCUGCCUACCAACCCACAGCCCCUGCCAGCCUAGCCCUGGGCUCCCUGCCUCCCGACCUGCAGCCCCUCCGAGCCUCGCCAUGGGGCUCCCUGCCUCCCGAUCUGCAGGCCCUCCCAAAC